AUGGAUUUGACCGGCAUCUAUGACCUCGAUGUCUUCCCUGAUCCCACUGGUGCGCCUGAUACCGAUGCCUUCACCUCUGAUGGGUUAGAUGGCACAACAAUAGCUUGGAUAGUCUGCACCGUGGUAUACGCCUCCCUGGAUCUCAUGUGGUCCGCCCGAUUGACGACUUGGACCCUGAAGUACAAGGCAAACAAGAUAUCACGACGCCGCUUUGCCAAGAUCGUCAUUUUCAUAAGCUCCUUUGUCUCGUUUCCACUCCAAAUGCUAGCCUGGGUUAUGUUUUUUCUUCCCUGGGUUAUAUUUUUUCUUCCCUGCUUACUGGUCUACUUUCCCUGUGGGAUGCUUGGGGAUUUGAUGGAGGAUCAGUUCUUUUACUGGUACCGCAUCAUGAAGUUCCCUGGGCAAGUCAUGUCGGCAAAGGGUCGCUGGCGUAUGGACUAUUGGAAACGGCCCUCAAAUACCAUUGAACUGGAUGUGUUAUCGUCAGUCCCACCACCUGCCGAGACAAUGCCUAACCCAGGUCUGCCUCCCUCGCCACCCCAGCCAAGGCCCUCUUCGGCACCUGAGGCAGGUUCCUCUUCAGCGUCUCAGCCAAGGCCCUCUUCGGCACCUGAGGCAGGUUCCUCUUCAGCACCUCAGGCAUGUACCUCUUCAGCCAGAUCAAGUCCUUCUUGCUAUUCUGUUGCAUCUCCUCAACGUCCCUGGUCGCGCCUCGCCGUGAUGAGAGAGUAUGAGGAAGCGUGGGAGAGGCAGCAGGAGAGAGAAAGAAGAGAGCUAUGGGGUCCAUGGGACGUGUCUCUACCACAUUCAACGGAUUAUGAUGCAGUAUAA